GGAAGUGAAAGAAGAAGAAUAUAAGUUGGAAGACCUUUUUUUUUUUUUUUUUUAUAACAAUGGCAGGCAAGUCUUCUUUGCUAAAAGUGAUCCUUCUGGGAGAUGGAGGAGUCGGCAAGAGUUCUCUCAUGAAUCGAUACGUUACCAACAAAUUCGACACCCAGUUAUUUCACACCAUUGGAGUCGAGUUCUUGAACAAGGAGCUGGAGGUAGACAAUCAUUCGGUGACCAUGCAGAUCUGGGAUACUGCAGGUCAAGAACGUUUCAGGAGCUUGAGGACCCCUUUCUAUAGGGGAUCCGACUGUUGCCUGCUGACAUUCAGUGUUGAUGACUCUCAGAGUUUUCAAAACCUGAACAACUGGAAGAAAGAAUUUAUCUACUAUGCGGAUGUCAAAGAUCCAGAACAUUUCCCAUUUGUGGUAUUGGGAAACAAAGUAGACAUCAGUGAGCGACAAAUCUCAGCAGAAGAGGCUGAGGCUUGGUGCAGAGACAAUGGGAACCAUCCCUAUUUUGAGACCAGCGCUAAGGAUGCCAUUAAUGUGUCGGCAGCAUUUGAAGAAGCUGUCAGAAGAGUUUUGGCUAUUGAAGAUCGAUCGGAUCAGCUGAUCCAUAAUGAUACAGUUAAUCUACAUAGAAAGCCCAAGUCCAGUUCAACUUGCUGUUGAUUUUUAGAUCUAUGGAAAAUCUGCUUCUAACGCCUUCAAUGUGAGCUGGACUUUUCCACUUUACAGGUCUGAGUACACAGCAGUAGGCCAGGUUGCUUCACUGGAAAAGAACACGAGUGAAAAAGGAGUUGUCUUCAUGAAUUUUUACUAUGGAAAAGCCAUAGACCUCACAAAGACUUUCCCCUUGUGGUUCCACUAUAUGUACCACACACAGUGCGUACGGUUUCCUUGAUAAAUGUGCAUAUUAAUACAACUAACAGUAAUUUACUAUAAUGAAACCCAGAGAGAGACUUUAUAAAUGAAAAUGUCGUAUGACUUGCAUAGAUGAAAAAGAUGAGAAGAGAAUAU